UUCAACAAGGGAUCCCCCACUUGUUUCCCUGUGUCUAGAUUCCACACCCGAAGAGUCUUGUCGGCGGAGCUAGUGACGAGGAGAUUCGUAUGAGGGAUGAAAAUCACCCCGGACACCCAUUCUUCAUGACCCACGAGCUUUGGACGUCCUGUCUUUGCGAGUGGUGGCCGCCAUCUAAUAUUCAACCCUGUUCGAUGUGUCGGUCAGCAGGAACUUUGAAUGGGGGAGCCCUCGCGCGCUAUGGUGAGUGGCGUUCAAAUUGAAUAUUUAUAUCCUACAGGUCCUCCCUAUCGUUGCCAAUGUAUCCACAUGUCGGCCUUGCUGCAGACACGUGGCGUCCCGCAUACAGGUUUUGUCCUCGACCAUCACCAACAGCUUGGUCCAGUUUUUAUCGCGAAUAAAUUGAAGAAUGCGGCACUCGCUCAUCUGAUACAAUCGCUCUUCGAACAGUUGGUUGUACUUGGCAACAGACCCAUUCGUAUACAUGCGCCCUUGUUUGUCUGCAUUCCUCGAACGUGUCCUAUGAAGGCGCACUAUAUAAUGGUGUCACUGCUCCCGAACGUCUUCAUAAUAAUGUCGAUCCCCUCGCCCUGGGCAUCCCGGUAUUCCUCUACCAAAACCUUGGUCGGGAGGAAACUUCCUCCAGAAGAACCUCGCUUCUCAAUAGGACAGAUGUGCCUGACAAUGGAGAAGAUUCUGACCAAGUUCUUCAAGCCGGGUGUCAUACCUGCCCCAAUCUGAGGGCCAGCGUUCCUAUAUGUAGUUCAACGGGUCUCUCAAUAACGACU